UGGCAACAGCUUCUGCAAAUUGCUGCGCUUUCUGCAUCCUGUCGUCUCUGGCACUGGAAACCCACAUUUGUGCACGUUGCUACAUUAUUUUAUUGCCUGCACUUGGCAUUACUUCCAGUUCACUCCCCUACCUCUUUCAAAAUCCAUUUUGCGCAAGAUGCAUCCAGUUAUGGUCUGCAUUCCGUCCUUUCGAUCCGAAGACACUGGCUUGGAAAAGGGUUAUACGGUUUUUAAAAUUGAUGUCCUUGUGAAUGGUAGACAGCAUUCUGUUGAGAAGCGAUACAGCGAGUUUCAUGCCCUGCAUAAAAAGCUCAAGAAGUGCAUAAAAACUCCUGAGAUGCCUUCAAAGCAUGUGAGAAACUGGGUUCCCAAAGUGCUAGAGCAACGAAGGCUAGGCCUGGAAAUAUACUUGCAGACUAUCAUCUUUGAAAAUGAAGUCCUGCCAAAGAUAUUUCUUGAUUUCCUAAAUAUUCGUCAUUUUCCUUCACUGCCCAAAACUGAAAGUUGUGGAUCCUUUGAUGGCACUGAAUCUGAAGAAUCAAGUAAACUGUCCCACCAGCCAGCGCUUCUGUUCCUGAGGGAUCCAUAUGUCUUGCCAGCAGCCGAUGACACCUUCUCCAACGUUGUUAUUGAUGGUGUAAUUCAUGGAAUAUUUUAUCCAGACCUUCAACCAAGGUAGACAUGAAAGAAAUAUGGAAUCAAUGGGCUAGAGGAAAUGAAAAGUGGUGGUAAACUUAAAUAAGAAAUGUAAAGCUAAGGAUUUGAUAACCAGCACGUGUGGCCUACAUAGUUGUUCCACAAUUAUAUAAAACGUUAAAAUGGAAGAAGGAAAAGACACACAAACCAACUGUUACUGGCUGCUUGUACGCAUAUCUGUGUGUGUGUGCGUGUGUGUGUGUGUUUUUAUUUGAAAAGUUUAUCUGCCUUUGUUAAUGUAUAUUAGGUUGAAUAAUUAAUUACCUAACUAGGAACAAUGCUGCUAAACAGAGUGAAAGGCUCUGCCAACAGUAUUUUUAGAGUAAUAAGAGCACAAUGGCAAAGGAUGACUGAAAAUUUUGUAAUUCACAAUAUGAACAAACAUGAAUAUUACUACUGUCUUUUGAACUGACAAAAAUACAACAUCGCUACCUUGUAUAACUUUUUAAUAAUUAUUGCCUAAACAGUUAUUUAAUGUACUGUCUUUGUCCUAAUAAUGUUGCAUAUUAUUUUAAUACCAUAGCAAUUUCCAUUGUAUUUUCAUGAGUAUGUAUUUUAUUGAGACGAUUUGUUUUGCUAUCACUAUUUUUACAUUAACAUAUUUAUUUAAGAAUAUUCCAAUAAAUACAAGUCUGUUAAUUAAUUUGGUUUUUAUUAAAAAAAAUCCAUACAAAGCACACUUAUAGUUUUGUUGGCAGUUGUUUAAGAGGUUAUUUUUUUAUUCAUUAUGUCUUUACUUUGAAAUAACCUAUAUAGGUAAAAGUAUUAUUUAAUAAUCACUGAUAUUAUUAAGACCGUAAACAGAUGCAUGCAUUGAUACUUUGUAUUUUUGAGGGAUUCUCACUGUCUUCCAUUUUUCAAUAAAAAACAAUAAACUAGUGUAUUGUAUUUAAA